UGGGUCUGAGCCCGCAGGGGGUUGGCACGUGACAACAGUGCCAGGAGUCCCAACUCCUUGUGUUUAUUUUGUUUAUUUGCCUUAGAUUAACAAAAUGCAGGCUCCCGUGGCACUUCUCAGCUCCCCGGCACUGUUCCGAUGCUGCUCCAGGGCUCUGGCCAGGCCCGUUUCAGUGUCUGUUUUCAGCAGGCCUGAGGCUCAGACUGCACAGCAUUCCAGCUGCUGGCUGUGCCAUUCCAGCUGCUGGCUGCCUGCCACGCCACUGCUCUUUGCUCUGCCUGCAGGACACAAUCCCGGGAAUUCCGGGCUCCGCUUUGCCCGUUUCCUUCUCGCCGCGGCUUUUCCUCACUGUGCUUCCUUCCUGCUUUUUCUCCCGACCCGCAGGAACCCCUCCCUCAAGCAGCAGCUCUUCUCCUAUGCCAUCCUGGGCUUUGCCCUGUCCGAGGCCAUGGGGCUCUUCUGCCUCAUGGUGGCCUUCCUCAUCCUCUUCGCCAUGUGACGGCUCCGCCCGCGGCUCCCGGCGCUCCGGCCUGGCCACUGGAGCCUCCUCCCAUCGCAGCGUUCCAGACUGACCACUAAAGAAAGGAUUUCUCUAAAUAAACUGGUGGCUUGGUUUUUGG